ACCUGGAAGGGGUACCGAGCAUUAAUAGAUGAGUAAAGGAAGAGAGAGGACGAGGAGUGAGGGUUUUUGUAUGUAUCUGUAUGUAUAUGAGAGAGAGAGAGAAUCGUGGAGAGAGAAAGCGGACGAUGGGGCAGAUCGUGAAGCGGAGCAAGAAGGGGAGGCCACCGAAGGCAGAUCCCGGCGGGAAGGGGCGGCGGAAGCCGCCGGCGAACGACUUGCGGCGGAGCCUUCGCCGGAGGAAUGUGAAGUACGUUUUCGACCUCGACGAUUACUUCGACGAGGAUGAGCUAUUCGCCGGCGACGAGGAGCAACGCCGGAGAGAGAAGAAGCUCAAGCACCUGCUCAAAAGCCAGGCCGGCGGCGACGUCGAGUCAACUCCCCAGCCGGAAGGCCGGGCGCGGCGAGUGGACCACGCGCCGGAGUCGUCGCAUUCUUCCGAUAUCGAUGGUCGCUGCGGCAAGCCGUCUAAAACGCGGAAAGUCGAUUUGGACGACAUGGACGAGUAUGUUGACGAUGAAAAUGAUGAAACCGCCAUUGAUGGAGAUGGUUUCGAUUACCAGGACCAUGAAGAGGUUAGAAGACGAAAAUCAGAGCCGAAAAUUGAAGACUCGCGGCAAGAGAUGGCUAUGGAAGUUCGAUUGACUUCUGGGCUACGGCUGCCUGAUAAGAAGGUUUUAGAGUUGAUCUUGGACAAACUUCAGAAGAAGGAUAUGUAUGGUGUUUAUGCUGAACCUGUUGAUCCUGAAGAGCUUCCUGAUUACCAUGAUGUGAUUGAACAUCCCAUGGACUUUUCUACUGUUCGGAGCAAGCUGCGAAAUGGAUCAUAUGCGAACUUUGACCAAUUUGAGAGUGAUGUUUUUCUCAUUUGCUCGAAUGCAAUGCAAUACAAUGCUCCAGAUACCAUAUAUUACAAGCAGGCACGGUCAAUUCAAGAGUUGGCCAAAAGGAAGUUUCAGAAGAUUAGAUCUACUUCUGACCGCAUGGAGGAGAUUAAAGACGCGCAGAGAACGAGUUCUGGAUCUAAUUCAAAAAAGCAAAUUAGAAGACCUGUGAGUCGGACAGCUCAAGAACUGGGCUCUGAUUUCUCAUAUGGAGCAACUCUGGCAACAGCAGGUGAUAUGCAGACUCAGAAUGGUAGAAAUACACUGCAAACUGUUGGAGCUGAGAAACUUGUCGGUACUGAUGGGCAUGUCGAGGGAAAUUCUUUCUUAAACCACAACAGUAUCGACAAGGCAGAAGAGUCUCUAUCAGGAAAAGGUUCGCUACCUCGAUUAGGUAGGAAGCCAUCCAUACCUGAUGAAAACCGUCGUGCAACUUAUAGCCUAUUCUCCAAUGAAGAAGACAGCGCUGAAUGUAUAUUCUCUACUUUCGAAGGAAAAACCAAGCAGUUGGUUCCUGUAGGACUUUAUUCAGAUCAUUCAUAUGCUCGGAGCCUCGCUCAUUUUGCUGCAUCUCUCGGAUCCGUAGCCUGGAGAGUUGCUUCCAAGAGGAUCGAGCAAGCAGUGCCUCAAGGCUUCAAGUUUGGCCGUGGAUGGGUUGGAGAGUACGAGCCACUUUCAACUCCUGUAUUAAUAUUCGAAAAUUGCACUGUGAAGGAGCCACCGUAUUUUGCAGAAGUACCAGCGCCUGCUGAUUCUAACAAGUCUCGGACGAAUCCUACCUUCUCUGAUCCGAAAUUCCCUUUCUGUGGAGCUUCAAGAUUCGGACCGCCCCAAGUUUCUGUCGACAAAGAUCAACCGAUCAUAACCAACAAUUUGGAAACGAGGACGCCUUUCUUUUUAGCUCCCGAGGUUAAACAGAGUGGUUUUCCUAAUGUCAGUGGUCUUCGCCAAAAGUUGCAACCCGUGAAUGAACACCCUUCGAAGAACAUCAACUUUUCAAAAUCGGGAUCUUUCAAACAGCCUGACAGCAAUGGGGUUUCUGCUGAUUUGGCGAAAGAGGCAAGCGAUUAUCCGGAACAAAGAUCCUCGAAGCAGUCGUCGGCUGAGGCGCCGGUUUUACCUCUAGCCCCAUCCCCGAGCAACAACGAUUCAGGCAACGCUGCUGCAUUGGCUGCACGUGCAUGGAUGUCUGUUGGAGCAGGAGGAUUUAAACCGGGAGCUGAAAUUCCGAAUCCAAACAAGAAUCAGAUUUAUGCUGAUUCGCUCUACAAUUCUACCCGCGACGUUGUUCAGCUGGACAGGAAUGGCUCUCCUAUACAGCCGUUUGUUCGACAAGAGCAAGUGGCUAUGAUGGGGGGCAAUGUGAUCCCGUUCCCAAAUCAGCGAUCGGGUUUUCCGCAGUUAUCAGCUGCCGACUUGUCUCAGCUCCAGCUUCAGUCUACUUGGCGAAAUCUAAGUCCACGGAUGUUGAAUCCGCCGUUUAUCUCGAGGCAAAAACAGGAAUCCCGACCUCCUGAUCUAAACAUCGGCUUCCAAUCAUCAGGUUCGCCUGCAAAGCUAUCUUCAGGUGUUCUUGUUGACUCCCAGCAGCCCGAUUUGGCUCUACAGCUCUGAAACAGCAAUGUUUAGACCAAAAUGAGUGCUGUAAUUAUACUAGGAGGCUUUAUGUUCGAGACAGUCGAUAGUUAUUGACUUAUGGGAGAAGAUUCCGCGCCUAAGAACUGCAUUAUCAGAUCAGCAUUUGCCGGCUUAGGACCAAAAGACGGGAAUGGAGCUCGAUGGGUUCGACUUGUACCUGUUAUUUGGCUUAGGCAUAGAGCUGUAGGCGUAAUAUCUCAUUGUGGAGCGGUUUUGGGCUAGUCUUCGACUUAUAUAUAUGUGAAGAUAUAUUAUUUUCUCGUAGAAAAGUCUAAAGCGCGGUUGAGCUUUCA